AUGGAAGCCGGAGUAUGUGUAGGGAGGGGCAUAUUUGGAUCACAAAUAGUAAAUAUAAACUUGAGAAAAUUUAGUAAAGGCCUGCUACUUUCAAAUUUGGGCUGUGCCCCUCCCGAUUUCUCCAUAGUCCAUCCACAGUUCAAUUUCCAAAAUCCAAACCAAACGAAUGUGAAAUCGAUCGUAUCUUCCGCCCCCGUCGUUGCUCGUUGCCUCGCUGGAGUCUGGACGCGUGCGGCCUGCUGGUCUCGCCUAAUCGCCAACCGACAAUCGCCAUUCAUCGGAAAUCAGCUGUCACCGGAAGUCACUCAAAUCAGGAAAAUGGCUGAAACUAAGUAA